ACUGCCCCUGCCAACCCACACGCAGCUGCCGCUCUGGCCCUAUAGCCCUGUGGGAGCAGACACGCCCACUGCUGCACCUUCAGAGCUUCAUGAAAGGGCCCUUCAGGCUGCGGCUGGGCCAGAACCACAUGGACGGUACCCCCAGCCAGAGGACGGAGCCCCUGGGCAGGGUUCCUUUGGGGGUAACUGGGAGCCAAGGCCCUCAGAAGCUAAAUGGUGGCUGGGUUCCCCUGGGGAGAGAGGGGUCUAUGUUGGCCUGGGGACAGUGGGCCAGCUCUGGCGUGUGGCUUCCAGCGUCCAUGAAGGAUCCCUGUUCUUGCCAGACGGACUCCGAGGUCUCAGAGCCUGGAGAACUGGAACUACGGUGGUCGGAGCUGGGCUCUGAGCAGGCCCUGGGAGCUGGGACAGAGGGGCCCGGCGGCUCCCGGGCCUGGGGGUGCCUGCUGCAGGCUGUGUGGCAGGGUCACGUGGGCCUGGUGACUCAGCUUCUACGACAAGGGGCCAGCCUGGAGGAGAGGGACAGCGCCGGCAGGACCCCCCUCCACCUGGCCGUGCUGCGUGGCCACGUGCCGCUGGUGCGUCUCCUGCUGCAGCGCGGGGCGCCAGCGGGAGCCUCAGACCGCGCGGGGCGCACGCCGCUGCACGAGGCCGCCUGGCAAGGCCACUCGCAGGUGGCCGAGCUGCUGCUGCGGCGCGGGGCGCGGGCGGACGCGCGCUGCGGGGCGGGCCUCACGCCGCUGCACUGGGCCGCCGCGCUGGGCCGAACGCUGCUGGUCGGGCGUCUGCUAGGCGCGCGAGGCCCGGGCCCCGAGGCGGCGGACGCGCGAGGCUGGACGGCGGCGCAGUGGGCGGCCGCGGGCGGCCGGCUGCCGGUGCUCGAGCUGCUGGCGGCGGGCGGCGGCGCUGGCCUGGACGACGCCCUGCUCGUGGCGGCCGCGGCCGGGCGCUCGACGGCGCUGCGCCUCCUCCUGGCGCGCGGGGCGCAAGUGGACGCCCGGGACGGCGCAGGGGCCACGGCGCUGGGCUUCGCGGCCGCCCUGGGCCGCCCGCAGGACGUGGAGGUGCUGCUGGAGCACGGUGCAGACCCCAGCCUCAAGGACAGGCACAGCCGCUCAGCCCUUCACAGGGCUGCCGCCGGCGGCCACCUGCUGGCUGUCCAGCUGCUGGCAGCCUGGGGAGCUGAGGUAGACGCCCAGGACUCAUUGGGCCUCACACCUCUGCACUAUGCUGCUCGGAGAGGCCACAAGGAGGUCGCAGGCCACCUUCUGGACAGGGGCGCGGAGGUCAACGCGGCUGGCUGGCUCCACAAGACCCCCCUGCAUCUCGCUGUGGAGCGGGGCCAUGGACCCACUGCAGAGCUUUUGCUGAGCCGAGGGGCCAGCCCCACACUGAGGACGAGGUGGGGGCAGGUGGCCCAGGACCUGGGACCUGCCCUCUGUGGACAGCCGGAGAGGCCCUAGGGAUGGCAGGGCCAGAGCAGGACAGAAGGUUCUGGGCUCCCGAAGCCUAAGAGCAACCCAGGCUCCACUCUGCUGGCCUGAGGCCGCCCACCAGGGUGGAGGCGGGAACUGCCCAGAGGUCCUGGGGGAGAAGCAGGCAGCAGGCCAAGCCCCAGUAACAAGCAGGUGGCCGGAGCUGGGACAGCCCCACUGACUCCCGAGGCUGCAUCACCCCUGCAGCCCCAGCCUUCUCCAUGCUCUUUGGUCGAGAGGCUGAGUUGUGGCAACAGAAGUGACCACAGCUGCUGUGUCCCCUUGGUGGGUCCACCAUGGCAGCGUCUGCAGCAGUGCUCCCUCUGCACAUGUCUCCUUACUUGCUGGGUUCCCUUGAAUUUGGCAUUCGUCCCCUGCCACCCAUUCGUUAAUGACCGGGCCAAACGAGAGGCCAGUUGUAUUCCUCUGCUGCCGUCCCCAGCCCAGGCCGCCUUUUCUUACUGCCCACCCGAUACUCCUCUGCUCGGUACCCCCCCAGGCCAGGAAUGCCCCUGUGCACCAGGGCCCCCUGGCUUCUCAAAGGAACCAGUGCUCCGCUGCCGCCGGCCGCCGGCCCUGCCCGCCUUUCCUGCAAGAACCUCGGUAAAGGCCUGAGCUUUCCCUGGGCCCCUGUGCCCUCUUCCUGGUCGACACUGUCUGUGCCCCAGUGGGGUGUGGUGUGCCUCCCGUCGGGAGAUCUAAGGACUGCAAGCCUUUUUUCAAAGACAUUAGCCUCUCCCUGUCGCCCCUGAGCCAUCUCCAUAAGUUCAAAGUCCUGCAGUACAAGUGCAACCGAGGGACAGUGGCCCUGGUGGCCACCUCUGUGUCCUCACAGAAGAUCAAUGGCAUUAUUCGGAUUCUCUGGAAGAACAGCUUUGGAGGACAGAUUUCACUUUGCAACAGGGAGAGUUGUCAUGCCAAUUUCGUGCCUCUCCCAGGGGACCACGGGAGCCCUUGGAUUUUUCUCCCAAGACAGCGGAAGCCUUUGGAGAGUUGGUGCUUCUUUGACUUUGUACCUUUGGCUCACGGCGUGUGCAAGUGCAGAGCGGACUGAACUUAGGAGAGAGACACCCAGGAGAUCAGGGAGAUGGUGGUGCCCUUGCAGUGGAGGCGGGAGACGCGGGCGGCAUAGGGAUGAUCCUGUGGGUACAGCCCUCUGGGCUCGCUGGUGGCUGGAGGAGAGUGGCCAGGGCCGGAGUGGGGGGACACAACCAAGACUUGUGUGAGGCCGAGGCGGGGGCCUGAGCUGGAGGGAGUCUUCACGGGAGAUGUGGAUGUGGAAGGGGGCGGCUGGAGCGACAUCUUCAGGGUCCUCAGAGUAAAGGUGGUUUUUAAAGCUACAGGACGACCCCAUGCCCAACUCCCCGGCAGCCUGAGCUGUGUGAGUUUCAGGUGGGUCCUGCCCUGUGGCCGCCAGGCCGUGGGGAAGCCUGUGAUGACCGGGACCUCUAAGACCGUCCUUGGCCUCCAGGGCCCACAGGUCCUCAGCAGUCUCGGCCUCUGGCCUCCCGCUUGCUCACUGGUGCUGGGCCCACGCUGACUCCACUCCCACUGUGGCCUCUGCGCCCUUGUGCACACCGGGCCUUGCACUUGCUGCUCCCUCUGCCUGCUCCAUCCUGCUUCCUGCAUCACUGGACCGCCCCCCCCAACACUGUCCUAAUAGCAUUUAAAAUGGGAAAAAGGAGUUCCC